AAAUGUCCCAGUGGUCCCAGUUUUCUCCCGAAGAUAAGGUAAUAAAUUUUGCACUUUUUAUCCCUUUAAUUAAACCUCGUUCUUUAACAGCUUCAGCACCAUUGUUUUGCGCAGUUCUCAGCUAUAAGGUUUUCCCAUGCAGACCGUCAUAAUAGUUUGGGGCUGUAGGGGAGGGGGGGAGGGGGGUAAGGGAUAAAGAACUAACUUUCUCCCUGCGUAGAAAACAAAAGUUGGAAGGGUCGGAAACUCAUGUAGGAAAUUUCCGCGUGUUUAGGAACUGCUUGAACACUUUAGAAAACACCUUAAUUGUUCAUUAGUCAGUGGACAUAUGUGCGCGAUGACGUCAUUGUAAGGUUCACAAGUGCUAUGGAAAAGUUCUGUUAAAGUGCUUCUUUCUUGGAGUCUCCAUCUUGAUGUUUAAGGGUAGUGUGACUAUCAAGUAAUCGUUCAGGAAGGUGGAGCCUAUCAGAGUUGUUACCUUUGGAAGUGGAGUUCACUAAUCCUGAAUAAAUACAGUCCAGUGAAAUUUCGUGUACAGGCGCUUUUUCUUGACUGAUUACAACCCAUCGGGCUAGAGAUUUGCAGAAAUGUAAGUUGAUGAUGAUGCUGAUAAACAACAGUUUACUAAAAAUACAUGAUUCUCUCAAGUUUAAAUAGGCCAUUUCCGAGUUGUUUUUUUUUUCUCAUGCAAAAACAACUCAGUUUCAAAGGAAAGAUUUUACACUUAGCCUCGUUUUUUAAGUCAGAGUUUUUGGAACUAAAAAAUGGCCUAUUACUGUAAAUAUGAAAAGAACAAUAUUGAUUGCCCCAUGCAUCAAAAAGUGUUAUAUUUCUAAUGUGCCACUGAGGCCAUAAACUUGAGCACUACUCAGCUCACCUCUACACUCUCUAAACACUCUCGCUGUUAAGUCACAUGACUUCAGACUUCGCGCGCCAGGGAAGUCCUGGAUGUACACGACAAAUACAAAGUAUCUACAAGUUCUAAAACAAAGCUCUGAACAGAACUUUGUGACUUUUUUGCUUUCUAAUGCAUCAUAAUUGUAAUGUCCUUUCGAUUGUUGUGUCUUAGGCGUCAAAAUGGAAAAGAUGUGAAAUACUGAUAUCUGGCAAAGAUAAAAUGAGUAGUAAGACCAACUUGAAGACUGACUCGGAGAUCCGGGAUAGCUAUGAAGCAAAUGAUGACUGUGUCCACGUUUUAAGGACACGGUUUCCUCACCGUGCGGUUACAAAAACGGAACAGCAACUACCAAUCGCCUUUGGUUUCAGUGUCCACAAAGGUGCUCGUUUGUUCGAACAACUUCUGCAAGCUAUCUACAUGCCACACAACGUUUAUUGUAUUCAUAUCGACAAGAAGUCUCCAAACGUCUUUCGUAAAGCAAUACUUGCGAUGAUACGGUGUCUGCCGAAUGUGUUUGUGUCCAAAAAGAGCGCGGAUGUUGUUUGGGGUCAUUUUUCUAUUGUUGAAGCUCAGCUAAACUGCAUGGAGGAACUUUUGCAAUCAACAAUAAAGUGGAAAUAUUACAUUAACUUGGUUGGACAGGAUUUUCCACUUUAUGAAAACAGUCAAAUCGUGGUAGCUUUACAAAAGUUAAACAAUACGAACAGCAUAGAAAGUUUCCCGAUGCCUGGGCAUAAUUCUGAUAGAACUAAGAAAGUUCACAUUUUACAAGACCACACUAUUUACAACACAGGGGCUGAAAAGUUUCCACCGCCCCACGAUAUUCCAAUUCAAAAAGGCUCAACACACAUUGUUGCAAUUAGAGAAUUUAUCGAGUUUCUUCUCCAUAACAAGAUAGGAAAAGACUUUGUUAAUUUCCUGAAGGACACCUAUGUCCCAGAUGAAACAAUUUACUCGUCUUUACAACAGCAUCCUCUGACGCCAGGAGGUCUCCUUGGUGAACAGCAUAAUCACAUAACACGUGCUCUCCACUGGGAUGAUGAGUUUUCCGAUUGCAAAGGCGAAUGGGUUCGAACCUUGUGCUGGUUGUCCAUUGAGGAUUUGCAGUGGGCCUUGGGCGAAACAAUGAAGGAAAAACUAUUUGUUCACAAGAUUCCAUUUGACAAUAAUGAUGACAUAAUAGAGUGUAUUCUAGUGGCAAGACAAGGAAGAACGUAUAACACGACUGCGUGGAACCCAGAAAACCUAGAGAAAAAAUUAAAGAUAAGAGAAUAA